UAGUUAAUGUUAUUAAUCAUUGUGUCUUAAUUUAUUUACAUUAUAUGUUUCAAACAUUUAUUAAAAAUUGUAUACCUAGUUUAUUACUGAAUCAAAAAAAUAUUUAUCCUCAAAAUAUUAGACUUAAUUGAACAGGCUUACAGUGACGAGUAUAUUAAAUGAGGUUACACAGUGUAAUCGUAUAACUGUUUGGCCUAAUCAUAUCAUACAACAUUUUAUUGCAUCCACAUACGUCAUACAUCCCAGUAGAUAAAAUGGAAGUCUGUGUUGAUAGUGUGGAAUCUGCUAUCAAUGCGGUUAAUGGAGGAGCUCAUAGAUUAGAGUUAUGCAGUGCAUUAAGUGAAGGAGGAUUAACACCAUCACUGGGACUAUUAAAAACCUUAAAAACCAUUGUUUCAAUUCCUAUUUUUGUUAUGCUUAGACCAAGAUGUGGUUAUGAUUUCCAAUUUUCAGAUUUAGAAAUUGGAGUUAUUCUUAAAGAUUGUACUUCAUUCAAAGAAGCUGGAGCUGAUGGAUUUGUAUUUGGGGCUCUUACUUCAUCUGGGGAUAUUGAUAUUGCUGCUUGUGCUUCAGUAAUUUUAACGGCUCAACCAUUACCUGUUACAUUCCAUCGAGCGUUUGACGUAGCUACACAAAAUCCAAUAAAAAUGGCACAAAAAAUAGCUGAUUUGGGUUUUAAACGCUUACUAACUAGUGGUAGAAGUCCUGUAGCAUUUGAUGGAAAAUGUUUGAUUAAAAUUUUAAUCGAAACAAUGAAAGAUCGUCUUAUUAUAAUUCCCGGAGCUGGUAUUCAAGUUGAUAAUCUAAAAGAUAUCCUAGUCACUACAUUAGCACAUGAAUUUCAUGGAUCAGCAAAGGUUUUAAAGCAAUAUUUAAAUAAAAAUAAUUUGAAAUUUAAUUCAAUAUUUAAAGAAGAUCCCAUUUAUAUUACAGACUGUGAUACUGUAAAAAAAUUACUUAAUAUUUAUAAAAACCAUUCAAAACUAGAAUGAUAAAUAAAAUAUAAUUACAAACUGUACCACAAAUUAUUUUGUGUCUGAUUCGUAUAUUAUUAUAUAAUAUAAUAUGAUAAAAUAUUAUUUUAUACUUUAUUUAUAUUAUAUUAAAUUUAAAUGUUAUUUUUUAUGUUGUUUCAUGUUUCAUAUUUUUACUAAUUUCAGUACAAUAGUUAUGUUAUUCAAUUAUUUUCAACCAAUAACAAUUUUUUUUUCUUAAUUUACCAUACUAUAGUGUAAUAUAUUAUGUAAAAAUAUAUCAAUUAGGAAAAUAAUAAUUAUUAAUUACUUGUACUAUAGUAGUUUCAGAGGAAAAAUAGGUAAUUAUAAGAAAUCAAAACAAUAUUUUGCAUAAAAUAACAUUCAGUUUUUCAAAGUGGUUUUAAAAAAAAGUUAAAAAUGUUAAAAAAAAAUUAAAUAAAAAUUUGUUUUAAUUAUUAUUUAUUAUAAAAUAAAUAUACUCUAAAAUGUACAUGUCAUUUUCUCUCAAUUUUUUAUUAUUGUUAUUACUUAUUAUCUUAGCAAUGCAAUAUUAUUAGAAUCAUUUAUGGUCUAUCUAAAUCAACACAUUUUAAUUGCAUUUUUGUAUAAAUGUUUAAGUAAUUGUUGUGGACUACAAAAUAUUAAAAUUGCCUAUAUUAAGCUGCUUAACAGACAUCAGUAAAAUUACCUUUUGAGAUAAAAUGUAUCAAAAUAAAUAUUAAAACAAUUUCACUAAAUUUUAAUAAAAUACAAAAAUGUACCAAAGUUCAAAAUCCUCUAAAUUAACUAUUUUUAUUACUUACACCUAGAAUGACUUGCACAGUUAUACAUAUUAAUACCAAACUUGUCAAAUAUUUGAUGAAAUUAUAAAAAUUUUACGAUAUUUUUUAUUUAACACUUAUACAUUUUAUUUCUACAUACAUACGUUUAUGAAUUGCUUUUAUUUUAUAAAAUCAAUAUGAUUAAAUAUUUAGACAAUGUGACGGUGUUAUAGUUGUUGUUUAAUAACUGAUUAUUUUUCAAAAUUUAAAUAUAAUUGAUUAACUUUGUUGUUAUUUAUUCAAAUAAAGCAAAUUAUGCAAGUACAAUUAACAUUGCCUUUUUUUGAAAAUAUGUUUACGAAAUCCAAAAUUCCCCCUUAAAAUAACGUUUUAUUAUCAAAUUAUUUUAUAUUUUUGUUAUAGUUAAAAAUUACUAGUUGUAGAAACUUGAAACACAUACCAAUUGUUUUAAAUGGCAUUUUCUCAUCACAUUUUUCAUCUCAGUUCAAAAUUGUUUUUCGUAUAAAAUGAUACUUAUUGUUGGAUUCAUAUUUAACACAUAAAUAAUAGUGACCUACUACACAGUAGAGCGUUACCUACUCACUUAACCAAUAUUUUAGAACUUAUAAUUUUGCAAAAUUAUUAUAGAAGACAGGUAUUUUAUUAAUUGUAAUAGAUUGCUUACAUUUAUUAUGUCUAAAUAAAUAAUUGAUGAAUAAGUACAUGAUUUUGUGUUGAAUUAUUCAAACUAGUAA